CUAGCUGGGCCUCGGCUUGGGGAGGGGACACGUCAGUGCGGCCAGCGACGUCACGAGGCCAGCUGGGCCAGCCGGCGCGUGAUUGGCUUGCCGCUGCCACUUACGCGUCGCGCUUCCUCGUCUGACCCUCGUGUUCAGGGCAGGUCGCUCUCUUUUUCCCUCGGCAGAGAAGAGGCGAUGGCGACGAUGGCAUCCCUCGGCGCCCUGGCGCUACUCCUGCUGUCCGGCCUCUCAUGCUGCUCAGAGGCCUGCGUGGAGCCCCAGAUCACCCCUUCCUACUAUACCACUUCAGAUGCUGUCAUUUCCACCGAAACAGUCUUCAUUGUGGAGAUCUCCCUGACCUGCAAGAACAGGGUCCAGAACAUGGCUCUUUAUGCUGAUGUCGGUGGAAAACAAUUCCCUGUCACCCGGGGCCAGGAUGUGGGGCGUUAUCAGGUGUCCUGGAGCCUGGACCACAAGAGCGCCCAUGCAGGUACCUAUGAGGUCAGAUUCUUCGAUGAGGAAUCCUACAGCCUCCUAAGGAAGGCUCAGAGAAAUAACGAGGACAUUUCAAUCAUCCUGCCUCUAUUCACAGUCAGUGUGGAUCAUCGGGGCACCUGGAAUGGGCCCUGGGUCUCCACUGAGGUGCUGGCUGCAGCGAUUGGCCUAGUGAUCUACUACCUGGCCUUCAGUGCAAAGAGCCACAUCCAGGCCUGAGGGCCACAUCCUCAGUCCUCCCUUGCUUCUUUCAAUAAACAGUCACUGGCCAUCACGAACACAUUUGGGAUACAGGGCUCCUGGCUUGCAUGCUGGGGCCCAGUAUCCCCUUGUCUGCCUGGACAGCAGAGGCACUGAAUGGGAAAGGGGCUGGCUUUGGUCUGGGACUCCCCUUUCUCCCCAAGUGAAGCCUUCCCCGUCUGGUCCCCGCGGUGCCAUGUGUCUGCCUUCUCUGUAUCUCCCUCCUGGUAGCCUGCAUGGUUUGUGGGUGAGGGUAUGGGGGUUGUCCCCCUCCUUCCCAGCACAUGAC